GUUUUUCACAGAGCAAUGAGGACAUGCGAAUGGAAGUUUCGUAAGGUUAUUUUCAUUAUGCAUUAUAUGUUGUUUAUAGUCUCUUUAAUCUAAAUUAACUAGCAUGGAAAAGGAAAAGUGAAUGGACAAAAUCUUUAGGCCAAGAAAAUGUUCACCAUACUCCCCAAAACGGUUCGGUAUGCGUUUGUUCAGUCAAGAUCGUUAUGCCAAAGACGUCAGCAGGUUUACCGGUAUGCGACAUGGCCAUGGUCCGACACACCAAGCACAUCACCGAGUUGGAGCAAAGCUGUCUCGGACGCAGAAAAGAUUGUGGGUUAUCCAACGUCGUUUAUGAGUCUGCGAUGCUUACUAAGCGAUGAAAUUUCCAACGUGGCAAUGCUGAUGAGAAAAUUAGUUGGAACAAGACAUCCUCUUCUGAAAACUGCAAGGGGCCUUGUCGUUGAUGGAAAAUACAACAUGCAGACCAGAGGACUCCUUGUACUUCUUAUAUCUAAAUCAGCUGGUGCCGCACAGAGUGUAUUCAAUGAUUUAUCAGAUCCAGAUGUCGUAGAUGGUAUUCACAAAAGUCAGCGGACCUUAGCAGAGAUUACAGAAAUGAUCUACACUGCAAACCUUAUCCAUAAAGGUGUUAUAAACCUCUCGGCGCUCACCCCAGAGGAUGGUCCCGCACAGGAUAUGGAGUUCGGAAACAAAAUGGCUGUCCUCAGUGGAGAUUUCCUUUUGGCUAGUGCCUGCACAGGCUUAGCAGAACUUAAUAAUACUAAGGUUGUUGAAAACAUAUCCUUGGCCAUUGGUAAUCUGAUGGAGUCUGAAUUCACAGAACUGCGAGAUACUGAUGGAAAACCUGUGCUUCCCUCAACUGUUAAGUUUGAUGAUUGGGUGCGACAGACAUUCCUGGCAUCAGGGAGUUUACUAGCUAGGAGUUGUCAGUCAGCCAUAGAACUUUGUAAUCAAGAUGAUGAUGUCCUAAAAGCUGCUUUUGCCUUUGGUGAAAAUAUGGCAUAUGCACACCAGAUGCAGGAAGACCUUAAACCUUUCCUAAAGCCAGAGGAUCACCUACAAGAAUUAACACUGACUUCUGCACCUGUCAUCAAGUAUCUAGAACACAAGUCUACACAACAAAGACCCUUAGGAGCCAUUAACUUUAAAAAGAUUGUAGAAUUAGUGAAGGAAAGUCAGGCUCUGGCGGAAUGUGAACAGUUGUGUUUUGAGUACGGACAGAAAGCUAAGGCAGCACUACGUGUGUUUCCUGAAUCGGACGCUCAUAAUGCAUUAAUAAAUAUUGUGAAUGCUACAGCAGUUUCAUAACAAAUGUAGAUGUUUAUGUGAGAGAGAGUGUAUAUGUAUGUUUAUGUGAGAGAGAGUGUAUAUGUAUGUUUAUGUGAGAGAGAGUGUAUAUGUAUGUUUAUGUGAGGGAGAGUGUAUAUGUAGGUUUAUGUGAGAGAGAGUGUAUAUGUAGGUUUAUGUGUCAGAGUGUACAUGUAGGUUUAUGUGAGAGAGUACAUAUAUGUUUUUGUACAGAGUGUUAUAUUUUCUACUUAACAUUUUCAAUUAGAAGAUUAAAUGAUGGAAGAAUUAGUUUCCAAUACCUAGCUGUGAAACUUCAUUACAGUUCUGAACAGUUUUCCGUCUGAGAAUUGGUUUUACAUGAUAUUUUUGUUUUCUAUGAAUGCGAAAACCUUGAUUCACCGAGUAGAUAUAUAGUUGACAUUAAAUCCUGGCCAUUUCAUUUUCUUGUCAAAUAAGUUAGAUAAUGUUUUUGUAUUUCCUGGUCCAACAGUGCAUUGUAUCAAAAAUAGAUAUUAACUUUCAGGGACCCUUAUGUCUGUUUUUAAAGCUACAUGUACACACAUAAAAUUGUGAAUAUAAAUGUAUAAAAUUCAUUUGUAAAACAGAAGUGGUUAUCCUAAUAAAGAUUUUACGAUUGU